AUGACCCCGGAGGUUAACUUUGCUGUCCAGUCAUUAGAUGGCGAUCAUCAGCUGCAAGUGGAGAAGGCCUACACGCUCGAGUCACUGCCGAUUCAAGCAGCUUACGACCCGCCCGAAAGUAUGAAGUGCUGGCCUCAUUUAAAGGGUGUACAUUUCCAGAAAAUCCAAAAUAAAACUGUUGAUCUGCUGAUUGGCACGAACACCCCGGAAGCGCAUUGGGUGCAAGAUCAACGUAUCGGAAAUUCCCGACAACCGUACGCCCUGAAAACAGUUCUAGGAUGCGUACUGCUCGGGCCUGCGAGAGGGGAUCGGUCUACAGCAAGAUCGGUCAACUGUCUAGCUACGGAGGAAACGAUGCAGUCGCCAAUUGCCAAACUCUUUGAAAUCGAAUUCGGUGAGGAUAACCAAGGAGUUGAUCUGGCGAACUCCCAGGAGGACAAGUUGGCCCUGGAAUCCGUUCGAAGUUCCGCAACUGUCGUGGAGAAUCAUUAUCAACUUCGUUUACCUAGGAAGAGAAACUGGCGCGAGAUACCCUUUAAUCGAUACCUGGCAGAGAAAAGAUUAAAUCACCUACGAGUACGCCUCGAAAGAGAUCCGAAUCUGUCGCGUAAAUACGCCGAAAUAAUGGAAACGUACGAGAAAAAGGGCUACAUUAGCAGAGUACUGGAGCAUCAGUCAAACGAGGUACGUUUCGUCCCACAUUAUCAAGAGCAAACGUCUUUCUUAAAUUUUGCUCUUGUCAAACUUGCCAGUUUGACUUCUUAA